ACAAUUGCGAGCGUUUGACCUGGUAACCAAGCCCGUUAGGUCGUCGCAGUUUGGACGUGUCAGACGCCCGAUGUAGGCGUAACUAAAAUUUCCAGUAAAUUAUCAAUAGAAUCAACAAUGUUUUCCCGGGCCGCUAAAUCAAUCGUGAAAAGCAUCGGCCAGCGGAAUUAUCACGCAGGCGAGGAAACCAUCAAGGUAGCGAUGAGCGGUAGCGCAGGAGAAGUUGGCCGUUCCCUGUCGCCGAUGCUGAAACAGAAUUCCAGGUUGGACGUUCUAGCUUUGCACGACAUUCCUGCGAGCAAGAGAUACUCAUCAAUGCCUGCAAGGAUUCGCAGCUUUUCUGACGGCGAAUCGGCGAACCCUAUCAUCUCACGGAUGUUAACGAUGAUGGACAAGUCUCGGUACACUGUUAAGGACGGUCAACGUAGCGAGGGAAUGCAAAAAUCCGUUAGUUAUUCGUCGCAUCAGUCAUCGAAAGACGCAAAGAAGGAGACGGACGAACUCGUCGAGGCACUGCAUCGUCUGCCAAUCGCAGAAGAAGCUGUCGCGGGCCAACCAACGAAAUCAAAAGUGGUGGCGUCACAGGGGGACAACGCGUACACCAGCGAGCAACGAGGUCCUCGAGUUCUCGGUGAAAUGGGGCCCUUCGAUAAGUUCCGGCACGACGGUCGCAUCGUUUCCGAGAUUUAUAAGCAGUUUCCAAAUCUCGCGACGUGUUUCAGCAAGAGUAGCUCGAAAACCAUGAAUCGUGCGGCGUGGCGACAGGUCUCGAGUUUUCCGACGAGAGGCUUCUCGACGACUGUGGACGCGACGACGAAAAACGGGUCGUGUGUCGAGCGAAAACGAUUGAACGACGUUUUGCCAGGCUCCGAGAGCAACACCUCGAAAUACACAGACGAGUUCCUCUUAGCAAAGAAUAAUUCAAUGAGGAAGAAGAUUAAAAAAAGGGGCCAAUCGGAAAAUACGAACGCUGACAAGCUGACAGCGUCAUCCGAGCUCGCAGUGGGCGAGAGUCACCUCGAAGAGAUCGUGGACGCUCAAUCGGCGUCGAUGGAAGUGCCCGAGAAGAGGAGGAUUCGAGACGGCAAGUCGAAGGCGUGGAAAACUGUCGAAGGAACGACGGCGAAAGUGGAAAAGCGUCCAGCUAACCGAGGAAAACCGAGGAACUGGUCGAUACCGGCCGUCUUGUCGGACAAAAAGCCAAAGUUAUUGUACGGCUUGGUUCAACGAAGACAAACGCCUGCCUCGUGGUUCUUUUCGAAGCUAUUCGACGCCAAGAACACAGACGCGAUCGCGGACACUCGGAGCAACAGGUACAGAGGGUUGGUAUCGGAGGCUGGAAAAUUUGGUUCCGUUCAGGCUGAGAGGUUGUUGGAGGAAUCAAAGACUCGCGACGAGGGCAGACAUAACGCUUCCACUUCGACGACCAGUUUAGGGUUUCCAGAGAAAGCGAUGCGUUCGACGAUGGAAGGCAAUUCGAGAUCUGCCAAUGAAGUCGAUCGAUGGACGCGACAAGAUCCCGACGGUGUGGAUAAGAAGACGCCGUCCAGGUCGAGCAGCGUCAGUUCCGAGACAGAAACCAUAAGUGAAACGAGUACGUCGAGAAACCCUCUACGAAACGUAUCGUCCAAAAUCGUUCUGUUCUUAGAGAACCUUAGGACCAGCAGGCAAAAGUCGCGGUCUCUGUCGAGCUUGGCUUCCUACAAUCUAGAUUCUCUGUUCGCUCCUCGGGAAGCAGCACAGGUGGCCUUCUUUUCGUCCAACGGCGCCAAUUUCAGUCUGAAAGACAAGUUCACGAAGAAGUUCUGUGGGAAGAAGAAAACCGACAAUAUCUGCAAGAAGAAGCAGCAGCCUUCUUGCAAUUCGAAGAAGAGAGACUGCAAGAAGGACGACAAGGUGAGUUGUUCGAAGAAGAACGAACCAGCGGACUGCAAGAAACGAGACGACGACGGUAGCAAACAAAAGUGCCGAUCGAGUUGCGGCGAGGGCGCGAACGAUCCUUGUAAAUCGCUCGAAAACAAGCAUCACGAUUCUCGCUGCAAGGAGUACGAGGCGGACAAGGAGUAUGGGAGCACGGAGGAUCCGUGCAAGAAGUACAGGAGGGAGGAUAUUUACGGAAAGUCCUGCAAAAACGGUGACGAUGCGUGCAAGAAGCACAGGAAGGAGGAAAUUUACGGGAAACUCUGCAAGGAGUACAGAUCGGAGGCUGGGUCCGAGGACCUUUACGAUAAGUAUUGGCGGGACGACAUCUACGGGUCGCGGUGUAAUAAACGGAAGCAGAAGAAGUCCGAUCUGUGCGACAGGGAGAAGAAACAGAGCAACUGUAGCACUGAGAGGAAAGAGGGUAGCUGUAGCACAGAGAGGAAAGAGAGUGGCUGUACUAGUGAGAAGAAAGCGACUAGUUGUACAACAGAGAAAAAAUCAACUAGCUGUACAACUGAGAAGAAACCAAUCACCUGUACAACUGAAAAUAAACCAACCGCCUGUACAACUGAGAGGAAACCAACCAGCUGUACAACUGAGAGGAAACCAACCAGCUGUACAACUGAGAAGAAACCAACCAGCUGUACGACUGAGAAGAAACCGAGUACCUGUAACACUACGAGGGCUGCAAGGAGUUGUAGCACAGUAAAGGAGGCGAGAAGCUGCGAUAGAGACGUUGAUCCUUGCGGUGACGGCAAGGAAAAGAAAAAGAAGAAAAAGAAGGAGAAGAAGCCAAAAGACUGCUGCACCACGAAGAAGAAGGAAUGUCCGUCUGUAUUUCGAGCGCCAGGUUGUCCGAAAAACGAUGGGAAGUCGGGCGGAAGUGGGAGCACUCCUUGCUGAGGACGCUUCGGUCUCGCAUCGAGAAUUCGUCCCUGAAACGGCUCUUGUCGAGAAUCGUU